AUGCCGAAGCAGGCUCCUUUGUCUUCUCCCAUGCUACGCGUCAGACUUCAAGCGGUUAUCGACCGUUCUGAAGGUUACUUGACCGCGCUUUCUUCCGAUUCGAACAAACCGACGUUGUCAUCCACUGCCAAGGCAACUGCAAAUCGCAUUUCUAAAAAUAGCGAUUUAUUGACUUCCUCUCUGAACUCGUACAUGGAAUCACUUCCUGAAUCGGAGACGAUUCCAGAAGACGCGAUCGAAAUUUCCAAAAAAUGUUCCGAUUUGUUAGUUCGCUCCGAUAUCAUGGCCGACAAGUUCGAGGCUCUCUUGAUUGGUGUUUCUCCUCCUCCAUCUCCUAAAUUAAGUCAGAAAAGUCGACUUCCUAAAGUGGAGCUACGCCAGUUUGAUGAGUCACAACCAGUUACCUGGUUCCAUCAGCUGGAAAUUCAGCUGAAG